GAGUGUGCAGGUCUAUUGUAAAUUGUAAAGAAAAUUGUGCAGUGUGUUCUGUGUUGGCUAUAUAUUUUUUAUUAAAAAAAAAAGUUACAAAUUUACAAUAGAUUUUUCCGUUGUUCUCGCCAUGACGUUAAUCUAAAAUUGUUGAAAAAAAUACUGAUCCCGAUGUUGGUCGUAGCAUGUAGUUUACAUGCUUUUAAAGAGGAAAAAAUCCGGGGAGACAAAUCGUGGAUACCGAAGAAAGCUUCAAACGUGUUUGAAGCUUUCGAGGUCGUAUUCAUGGAACUAUGAACCUGGACUCGUUGUCUUUUACUUUGUCACAAAUCAGUUAUUUGGUUACGAAGUUAAAUAAAAGAAAUUUUGAAGAAAGCUGCCAGGAAAUAUCAACUUUAGUACAGGGGAAGGGUUUGGAGGCAGACAGACAUUUAUUGCGCUGUUUGCUUUCUAGUGUUGACUUUUCAACGGAAGAACCACCAGAACCUAGUGCAAAAGACUAUUACCAAGUUCAGCUCCUUAGGGAGAAACUUACUUACUUAUUGGAUAAAUUAUAUCUCAUUUCGAAUAUUUGUUUCGCUUUUGAUCGUCCAUUACUUCAACAAAAGACUUUAAUUCCAUCGCCAAAGUUAUUUUCCCAACUGCAAAAGGUUCUUGGUCUCUCGUUAGCCCAACUUGUUGUGAUUGAAAUUGCCUUUCAACAUUCGGAGAACCCUGAACUCCAGUCACUAGCAUUAGAGGAUCUUCAGAAGCAAAUACCGGAAUUAGUGAAACAUUACGUUUAUAGUGAUAGAAAAAAUCGGAGUGAAGAAUUAAACGGUUUCACAGUUGAAACAUUACACUUUAUUCUGUUUUUUAUUUUUCACGAAGCUCAACAAAUUGAAAUAACAAGUGAAACGAAGGAAAAAUUUUUCAAAGCCUUGAGAAGGGACUUUCCUCGUGAUCGGGUGCCAGUGGUGUUGUUACCAUAUUUGUAUCCAGGAGACGAGGAAACGCCUCAGUGUCAACUGCAAACUAUGUCGUCCACACAAAUGGAUGGAAACGCACUAGUUGAACUCAUAAUGGAAUUAGGUUAUGGGUUUACUAGUAGCGUGGAAGAAUGUAGAGCGGCUUUAACUGGACUCGGUGCUAGAGAAAUUUCCGCAUCAUGUGUGGCACGAGUUCUAUCUCACAUGGCUCGUACUUGUACGGGUCUGGAAGACACUGGCGGUUUGCAGUCGUUUUGGUCGAAUUCGAAUUCGGGGCAAGAUUCGAAUAAGGACAAAUCAUCUGAUGGUGGGGCAAAAACAUGGAAUGUCGAAGUUUUUGUACAAACCCUAAAAGAUAUGUCGUCGCUGCAAUGGAACGACGUCAUCAUACAACUCGAUCACGCCAAGUUUCUCGUAAAAGAUCGACAAGGAUUAAAACUUUUAAUCACAGGAUUAAAAUUAGGCCUUCAAUUACAAGGUUUUCCCACCGACGUAUUUCCUGUCGAACUCUUUUACAGACAUUGGGAGAAUGUAGAGGGUCAGUUUUCUCUAGUGCAACAAAUUUUAAAACAUCCGGACAUCUUUUGUUUUGCUGACUAUCCAUAUCACUCGGUAACUGUCGACGUAUUGAAAGCCGCCCCCGAGGGUGACAGUAAAGAAGCUCAAAGUUGGAGAUCUUUGAAUGUCAUUGAACUUCUAUUGUACAUUGCGGAGAGAGGAUUCUACGCCCCUGUUCAAGAAGUGUUUAAGUGGCCAAUUCAACACUGUCCUGAUGUUCUCGUUUUAGCCUUACUCCAAAUUAAUCCGCCAUUUACGUUACUCAGGCAAGAACUACUUAGUACACUAAUGCCGAUUUUCUUUGGAAAUCAUCCCAAUUCCGCUGUGAUAUUGCAUCAUGCCUGGCAUGUAAAUAAUCUCAUGAUAAAGACUAUAAUAAUGCAAGCUUUAGCUGAAUGGUACUUACGAGGUGAUCAUGACCAAACGAGGUUGUCGCGAAUUCUAGAUGUAGCUCAGGAUCUCAAGGCAUUAUCAGCGCUUCUUAAUGCACAGUCAUUUCCCUUUGUCAUCGAUCUUGCGUGUUUAGCUUCGAGAAGAGAGUACUUGAAAUUGGAAAAGUGGUUGACUGAUAAGAUUAGAGAGCACGGAGAACACUUUGUCACUGCUUGCGUUAAGUUUCUGCAGAGAAGAUGUCCGCAAGUCACGGGCUCUGGUAUCAAGGAGGAUCCAUCCGUUCCAAAAGCCAGUCAACUUCCACAGGAAACACUCACGACGAUACUUGCCUGUCUACAAGUUUGCGCUGGAAAUGUUUCCCAAGAUUGCGCUGAAGCAAUUAUGACAAUGGUACAAAAUUGUAGUUUGAUGCUUAGUAAAGGAACUAUGAGUAGACCACCUCCACCGGGUGUUUUGAGACACAGGGGCCUUGAACCUUUUAAUCCAGCAACCUUGAGCAGCCAAUUAUUCACCUCAAAACAAGUGGAUCCCCUUGCGAAUUUGGGAACAAGCUUGGCUUCCAUGGGACUUAGCUCCAGUCUUGGUCCACCAAGUAGUUCUGCAUUUAAUUUGCCCGGAGCACUAGGACCCUUAGUCUCUGCUCCCGGUUCUCCAUCUAGAUUAAUGGGACCCUCUCCAAGUCCAUUUCCAAUAAUAUCUCAAAUCCAUUCAGGACCAGUUGGCACUCCAGGUCCAUCAGUCAUUGCCAGUGGUACAGCAAUUGGUGGUUUAGGUCGUCUUGAACCAUUGGGUGGAAUAGAGAAAUCAAGACUUACCGAUACAACGAAUACUUUCCCCGAUAUGACACAAAACUUUUCAAAAGAAAUCGAAGACGAGGCGAAUAGUUAUUUUCAACGAAUUUACAAUCAUCCGCCACAUCCUACACUCUCGAUCGAUGAAGUUUUGGAUAUGUUGAAGAAAUUUCAAGAUUCGGGAAGUAAACGAGAGCGAGAUGUUGUUAAUUGCAUGCUUCGCAAUCUUUUUGAAGAGUACAAAUUCUUUCCCCGUUAUCCGGAUAAAGAAUUACACAUCACGGCGCAACUUUUCGGUGGAAUCAUUGAACGUGGCUUGGUCAACAGUUAUGUCACUCUGGGACUUGCAUUGAGAUUUGUCCUCGACGGUCUCAGGAAACCCGAAGGCACUAAAAUGUAUUAUUUCGGUAUAGCCGCAUUGGAUCGAUUUAAAAGUCGAUUGAAAGAUUAUCAGACGUAUUGUGAGCAUGUUCGAGUGAUACCGCAUUUCAGUGAAUUCCCCAAUCAUUUAAUCGAGUAUAUUGAAUAUGGACUUCAGGGUCAAGAGCCUCCAUCGAGACCUCAAGGUCCAGUUGUACCAAAAAAUGUGAUGCUGCCUCCCGUUACUACUCCUUAUAAGACUAUAACAACGACUACGAUUACGACAAGUACAACGCAAUCGAAACCUGCGACAACAUCGACCGCAUCUCUUUCAACUAGGCCUUCCAUAGCAAAUGCGACAAACAUCGAUACUCUCCUUGUAGCCACAGAUAAAGAGGAGAAGAUAACUUCCCCGCCAGAAGCUUUGCAAGACAAAACUGCCUUUAUCUUCAACAAUCUAAGUCAGCUGAAUUUACAACAAAAAUGUGAUGAAAUUAAGGAUAUAGUCACCGAAGAAUAUUGGCCCUGGAUGGCACAAUAUUUAGUAAUGAAACGAGCCAGUAUUGAACUAAACUUUCACGCUCUUUAUUCAAACUUUCUUGAUUGUUUGAAAAUCCCCGAAAUUAACAAAAUGGUCACCAGAGAAACCUUCAGGAACAUCAAAGUUCUACUCCGCAGUGAUAAAGGAAUCGCUAACUUUUCGGAUAGAUCUCUUCUCAAGAAUCUUGGUCAUUGGUUAGGAAUGUUAACUCUUGGACGAAAUAAACCAAUUUUACAUAUUGAUAUUGAUUUAAAAAGUCUUUUGGCCGAAGCUUAUCACAAGGGCCAACAAGAGCUUCUCUAUGUCGUACCCUUUGUUGCCAAGGUUCUAGAAAGCUGUGCAAAAAGUCGCGUUUUUCGUCCGCCCAAUCCCUGGACAAUAUCAAUAAUGAACGUUCUCGCGGAACUCCAUCAAGAACCAGAUUUAAAACUCAAUCUUAAAUUUGAAAUUGAAGUGCUUUGUAAAAAUUUGAGUAUCGAUGUCGCCGAACUGAAACCGGCCGUUUAUCUCAAAGAUCCGGAGAGAUUACGCAAUUUGGAAUAUCAAUUAUCGCAUCCGAACAAGAAGCAUAUAGAGAGUAGCAAUAAUCAACAACAGCAAUCGCAGGGUCCAAUUGAAGAAUUGGUUGGUCCAACAACAACUGUUCCAAUGAUUGCACAAGCGGCUCCACCAAUUAAUACAACGCCUUCAUUACCCUCUGGUCAACCUGAACCGAGGUUUAAUUAUGUCGACAUUACAGUCACUGGAAUUACGAACAUCGCUCCACAUAUUACCAUCAACAAUCAAUUGCCAAUUUUGCAAGCUCAUCCACAACUGAAACAAUUCGUCCGUCCAGCUGUAGAAAGAGCAAUCCAAGAAUGGAUUCAUCCAGUAGUAGAUCGUUCCAUUAAGAUUGCACUUACAACAAGUGAACAAAUAGUGAGAAAGGAUUUCGCCCUCGACUCCGAUGAGAAUAGAAUGCGACAAGCCGCUCGUCACAUGGUCCGGAACUUGACGGCAGGCAUGGCAAUGAUUACAUGUCGAGAUCAAAUUUUAGCAUCCAUAAGCACAAAUUUAAAACAAAAUUUCCUGAAUGCCAUGAUUGGCCACACUCCACAGCAAAAAGAGCUUGUUGAUCAAGCAGCUAAUGUGAUUGCUAACGAAAAUAUGGAACUUGCUUGCGCUUUCGUGCAAAAAACUGCAAUUGAGAAAGCUGUUCCCGAAAUGGAUAAGAGACUCAUGAAUGAAUUUGAAUUGAGAAAAAUCGCCCGACAAGAGGGUAGGAGAUAUUGUGAUCCAUUGGUUAAGUAUCAAUCGGAACGAAUGCCAGAGCAAAUUAGAUUGAAACUCACUGGUGUGACGCCACAUCAAAUGGCAGUUUAUGAAGAAUUUGCGAGAAAUAUUCCUGGUUUUCAACCAAUGACAGAUCGAGACUCGAGGGCAUUGUUCAUGCCGAAACCUAUCAGUGGACCAAUGCAGUUUGCUGCUAAUCCAGCGGUAGCAGCAGCAGCAGUACAGCAAGUGGCAGCUUAUGCCGCCGCAGCAGUUAGUACAGACGAAAUUGGAGCUAUGCUUGAAAAACUGGCGUCUGAAGUUGAGCAUUUAUUGGCAGCAAUGGGACCUUCAGCUCCACCUCCUCAGCAAGUUGCUCUUCACGGACUUCUUGAAGCCAUCAUUGCUACCAGGAGAGCUCGAGAUGCAAACACCGCGUCUGCCUUGUUGAAAAAAGCUGUCGAAGGUUUAAUGGAUUGUCCAAUUGUAACAAGCGGUGUUAUGGAGUCAGAGAUUAUUUUACGGUUUCGAGAUUUGCAUGUUCGAAUUUUGAAGUGCUUACAAGAUCAAAGAGCCUAUGGCAUGCAGUGGACAAACAAAAAUGUCACGCGCUGUUUAAUAGAAUGCAGAGAAGAGUUUCGGUACAAUUUCGAAGCAAUCGACUGUUUAAUAAGAUCUCAUUUGCUGAUUUUGUCGCAAUACGAUAUGGCUCUAGCACAAGCGAUGGAAAAUGGAAGUGCAAUGGCCACUGCCUUUGCAAUGCAACUGAUUCAACUUUAUUUGGUUGAAGAAAGACAAACUACUCACGUCACAGAGUCUGAUCUCUACAACACUAUUGAGAUCCUCGUCAGAAUGGCCCAUCUUCGAACACCACCAGAAGGUAUCAUGCUCUACAGGCUGACGAACUUGAUUGAAUCUCUGCGAGCAAAUCACGAUCCUGGUGUACUUGCCGAUAGGAUGCCAGCGGGACCAACAGCCCACAUUCACUCUGGAAUAAUGCAAGCAAAAGCUCGUGACUAUGACGAUCCACCAGGCUUAUUCGAGAAGACAGAAUUUCUGUUAAGAGAAUGGGUGCAAAUGCAUCACAGCGCGACUCACGCCAGGGAUCCAACAAAAGCCUUCAGCACCUUUGUUCAUCAUAUGAAUAUACACGGUAUUCUGAAAACAGACGACUUGAUUACGAGAUUUUUCAAAAUCAGCACUCAAAUGUGUGUAGAUUUGUGCUAUAGAGCACUCGUUGAACCAAGUUCUGGUGCAUCUGCCAUUCGUGCCAAAUGUUUUCAUACUCUGGAUGCCUUUGUGCGACUAGUCGCUCUUCUCGUUAAACACUCUGGCGAUACAACAAAUACUCACACGAAAAUCAACCUACUGAAUAAAGUACUUGGAAUUGUUGCUGGAGUCCUACUUCAGGAUCACGAAAUCCGUCAAUGUGAUUUUCAACAACUGGCAUAUCAUCGAAUAUUCAUAAUGCUCUUCCUGGAACUUUGCGCGCCGGAACCAGUUCUGGAGGCGAUAAAUUUCCAAGUACUGACUGCCUUCUGCCACACUCUUCAUAUUCUUCGUCCAGCAAAAGCCUCGGGCUUCUGCUACGCCUGGCUGGAACUUGUUUCCCAUCGUGUUUUCAUUGGACGAAUGCUUGCCAUUACACCGCAACAAAAAUGUUGGGGAAUGUACGCUCAACUACUGAUUGAUUUAUUCAAAUAUCUCGCUCCUUAUUUGAGAAAUGCUGAACUCGCAAAGCCGGUAACUUCUCUUUAUAAGGGAACAUUACGUGUUCUUCUGGUUCUUCUUCACGAUUUUCCCGAAUUUCUGUGUGACUAUCACUACGGAUUUUGUGAUGUGAUUCCACCAAAUUGUAUACAAAUGAGAAAUUUGAUUCUCAGUGCAUUUCCAAGGAAUAUGCGUUUACCGGAUCCAUUCACUCCAAAUUUGAAAGUUGAUAUGUUACCUGAAAUUGCGCACGCACCAAGAGUUCUUACUAACUUUGCGUCAAUGAUUCAGCCGCCGAAUUUCAAGAAGGAACUCGAUUCCUACUUGAAAGCUCGCGCGCCAGUUACAUUCUUGUCUGAAUUGAGGAGCAAUUUGCAAAUUUCCCAAGAGGCGGGAUCGAGGUAUAAUAUUCAAUUGAUGAACGCUCUUGUUUUGUAUGUUGGAACGACGGCAAUAACUUUCAUACGAGGCAAAGGGCACACGCCAAAUAUGUCAACGAUUGCCCACUCGGCGCACAUGGAUAUUUUCCAAAAUUUGGCAGUGGACCUCGACACUGAAGGAAGAUAUUUGUUCUUGAAUGCAAUUGCCAAUCAAUUGAGAUAUCCAAACAGUCAUACUCAUUACUUCAGCUGCACACUUUUGUACCUUUUCGCUGAAGCGAAUACCGAAGCUAUUCAAGAACAAAUUACGCGAGUGUUACUCGAGAGACUCAUUGUCAACAGACCUCAUCCAUGGGGAUUACUCAUCACCUUCAUCGAACUGAUCAAGAAUCCAACGUACAAAUUUUGGACGCACGAAUUUGUCCACUGUGCACCAGAAAUUGAAAAAUUGUUGGAGUCUGUGGCCCGUUCGUGUAUGGUUCAAAAACAGGUGCAGUCCAACACCGAAUCAGAAAUUCCAGAGUGAUAGUACAUUUUAUCCUUUUUCUUGUCAAUUUUAUGUACAGUAAACUCGUAAAAUAUUACGAAAAAAAUAAGAAAGAAUCGCGUGUAAAAACGUUGUUAAAUUUACGACUAGGUGUAUUAUACUUUAGGUUUUGAAUGAAAUAUUUCUUUUUCUAUAGGUAGGUAGUAGUAAGGUACUAUUAAUUAUUCGAGAGAAAACAAAUUAAAAAUAAUACGUGAUACGAAUGUGUUAAUAUUUUAAUAAAUGAUAUCAUUGCAAUUUUGUCAAUAAAAAGCAAUGAAGAUGAAUUCAAUCUCCGAGAUCGCGUCUUAUAAAUGACGUUUGCCAAGGAAUAUAUAACGGAGUAUUGUAUUUUAUAUACCAUAGGUAUUAUCAUUUAGCUAUAAUAUUGCAAAGAAAACCGAUUUUGGAGAUUAUUCUAAGAAAAAAAAAAAGAAUGAACUGCAGUGUUCAAUAGAUUAUGAUAUAGAAAGAUCUUUUUAGUUUAUCAACUGAUUUUCAAGUUUAUAACAUAAAUUUAAUAGACGGUGAAAUUUGACGAUCCGAACUAUAAAUAAACAGACUAAUAAUUCUUGGUAAGAACUUGAUUAAUUAAAAAUACACAGUAUCAUCAGGAUUAAAAAGACAAAAACUUAAUUAAGUCUCGAAAUGUGUACUUGAAAAAACACAGUAGAUAAAAAAUAGUUCUGUGGCAUUGUACGAACAUGUACCUUUUGUAACUUUACAUUUCGAAAGGAUGAAUAGUUCAAAACAAUCAUUAUGUAAAUGUCGUUUAAUAAAUAAUAAUACAAUUUUUCUGUGUAA